AUGGGAAGAACACAUCAAAUAAGAGUGCAUCUCCAAUAUUUGGGAUUUCCAAUUUGCAACGACACAAUUUACAAUAAUUUUGUUUGGGGUCCAUUAAAGGGUAAAGGAGGUGAUUAUGGAGGGAAAUCUAUUGAACAGUUCAGAAAUGAUGUUGUUAAACAACACGACAAAAAAUCUUGGAUAUGUGAAUCAGAUCCAGAUUAUGCUCAAAGACUUAAAGAAAUUGGGGAAAAUAAUUUGGUAGAAAAAUUUUUUAUUUUUGAGGGAUGAAAGAAGUACAAAACAAUUUCUGAAAUUUUCGAUAAAAAAUUUUUUUAAUUAAAAAAAAUUAAUUUUUAAUAUGAACAUGAUCAAUACCUAAAGUGGAUUUUAGCGAAAGGAAGAAUAAAUGUAACGGUAAGGAAGGGAGAUAAGAGAAUUAAAGAAUUCGUCACGUAACAAACGACGGCCAUUUAAGCGCUUCCUUGGAUUAAAAUGAAGUAUUUUGACAAGUAUUGAUGCUGGAUUUUUUUCUGGAGAAUAAGAAUAUUU